AUGCGAUGCUGCCGAGCAUGCGCCAGGAUAGCCUACCGAUCACAACGGCACGCCUCGACGAGCGCUAGCAAGCACACUUCUUUCGAUGCACCCGAGAUUCCCAUCGAGGCUCUAUCUGGCAGCGCCCAAGAACGACACCGACAUUUCGAAGCGCGAGUGCCAAGAGCGAGCAAACUGAUAUGUGCUCCAGUCACCCUCAAGGAGCUUGCACGCUUCGGCCGACCGCCUUUAUCAGAAGAACGACUCAUCGCGUUGGGCGAGUACACGCGAGCCGAACUGCCACACCGGCUGGCUAGACGGGCAACCCAUCAGACGCUGCCCUACAUCGUCGGCAGCAAUCCAUCCAUUGCGCGAAUCUUUGAACUCUACCAGUCAUCUUUCGAGCUGCUCACCUCCUUCCCUCGCAUAUCAAGCUAUGAAGACUUUGAAAAGUUUACCUCUGCGCUCAACGAUACCGUCGAGCUACACUCGUCAAACAUACCCGUGCUGGCCCAAGGCUUUCAAGAGUGCAAGCGGUACAUGUCAGAUGUCGAGAUCUCCCAGUUCCUUGACAGGGCCAUUCGCAAUCGCAUCUCCAUACGACUCAUAGCAGAGCAGCACCUCAGUCUCGCUUGGUUCUCUCGCAAGAGCAAGAAGCCCAGACCGGCAAGAGACCGCGACCAGCAGUUGCUCGGACUCAUCGAUCUCAAGUGCAGUCCUGCCGGUCUUGUCAAGGGGUGCGAAAGCUUCGUGUCUGACCUGUGCGAGGCGUCCUAUGGCGUUGCGCCCAGCCUCGUCCUGGACGGACAAAUCGAUGCAACAUGUGUUUAUGUGCCAAUGCAUCUCGAAUACAUUUUCACUGAGCUGCUCAAGAAUGCUUUCCGCGCGACUGCAGAGCGGCACCGAGCCUCAUCGCGCCCUUUGCCACCCGUCAUCGUCACAGUUGCCUCUGCACCAGCACUUGAUCUGAUGACGAUCCGCUUCCGCGAUGAAGGCGGUGGGCUGUCUCCGGAGAACGAGCGACAGGCUUUCUCGUACUCAUUCACCUCGGUCGUCAAAGACCAGAAUGCAGAGGAAGAAGCAGGGCCUUACAGCACCCAGCCAAUCGGCGCAAUAGCAUCAAGUGGUAGCACAGAUCAGCAUGCUCAUCCUCUUGGCACUCUCGCCGGCCUGGGCUUCGGUCUGCCGCUGUCAAGGCUGUAUUGCAACUACUUUGGGGGCUCACUCGAGUUGAAGAGCAUGUACGGUCAUGGCACCGACGUCUACGUAACCCUCAAAUCGAGCUGGCCGAGAUCUUGA